GUCCGCUGGCGGCAAAGAGCGCGGUUCGGGCCAUGUGACCGUUGGAGGGGCGGGGAAGACGGAAUCCCAGUGUGCAGUGCGGUUCUGCAAUGGUGGUCCUUAACUCAUAGCGACUGAACAAGGGCGAUGAAAGCGGAGAUUAGGGCGCGAGAACCACAACACUUCACAUCAAUGGAAGAUCCACAGGACUCUCGGGAGCAGCCUGCAAAGAAAUCACGCCGUGAUUUAGAUUCUACAGAUGAGCAAGCUUUAAGGACUGAGGAACUGCAGAACGUAAUCCAACUGCAGAAUCAAACAAACAGAAAUGAAGGGCAAAAGUCUAAGUUUGACUGUCUGUCUAAUAACUUUACUGUGCUGAAUGAAGCAGAAGUUAAAAAUGAAAUGAUACAAAGCAGUGCGUCUGAAACACUGACAAGGAAAAGAUCUGCUCGUGUACAUCCGGGUUCAGUUAUAACCUGCGCGGGUUCUAGUCCACAUGUGCCAAAUCAAGAUAACGUGCUAAUGUUUCCUACAAAGCCAUAUCCACAUUUAUUUUCUCCACCAAUAGUUCGAGCUGCUUAUUCAGAAGAGGCUCGAUACCCAGCAGCGCAACCAUCAACAUCUUACACAUCAUAUCCAGAACCAAAUCAGCCUUAUGGACUACCUCCUUUCGGUGCAUUGUGGCCUGGUGUGAAAACAGAAUGUGGAUCACCCAGUCAGCUUGGAUACCUCCGUUAUGAUACAGGGUUUAGCUCAAACCAAACCAGCCCAGCACAUUACACAUAUCCUGCACAAGGUGCCUGUUUCCCAAGAGCCAGUAGUUAUUCUGGCAGUACUGCUGCUGCUGCUUUUGUUGUCACCAGUGCUGCAAGCCUCAGCAGCUCUAAUCAGGAUCAUCCUUUCUACACGUCUCUUGGACAAAGCCAGUUUGUGUCAUAUGUUCCCAAUUCAAAUCGUGGAACCACUACUCCAAACUCUCUGCCUCCCAGUAACCCCUCAACAACUGUUAUUUUCCAGAUGCAUAAAAUGCAAACAAAUAUUUCCAGUUCAUCAAGCCAGGAUUACCAAGCUGGAGAUUCUGGUGCAAGUCAAAGUGCAACACCCAUAAUAGUGAAGGAACUUGAGGAGCGAUCUCGAAAAACUCCAGGUGGCAAGUCCAAGGGGAAAGGAAAGAGGAAUUGUUUUUCCCCACUGCCUGAUAAUGAACUGGAGCGUGUGUUUGUGUGGGACUUGGAUGAAACCAUUAUCAUCUUUCAUUCACUACUUACUGGGUCAUAUGCACAAAAAUUUGGAAAGGAUCCAACAUCAGCAUUGACAUUGGGACUGCGAAUGGAGGAAAUGAUUUUUAAUCUUGCUGACACACACUUGUUCUUCAAUGACUUGGAGGAGUGUGAUCAAGUUCACGUGGAGGAUGUUGCAGCUGAUGACAAUGGACAAGACUUAACUAACUACAACUUUACUACUGAUGGUUUUCAUGGAUCAGUGUCUGGUUCGAGCCUUUGCACAGGUGGUGGUGUACAGGGAGGCAUUGAUUGGAUGAGAAAGCUGGCCUUUCGAUAUCGCCGUGUAAAAGAAAUAUACAACAUGUACUGUACAAAUGUUGGAGACCUGCUCAGUCCAGCCAAGAGGGAUUCCUUACAGCAGUUAAGAGCUGAUGUUGAAGUUUUAACUGACUGCUGGCUAACAACUGCAUUGAAAUCACUAUUGCUAAUUCAGUCAAGAAGAAACUGUGUUAACAUCCUGGUCACGACAACACAACUAGUUCCAGCUCUGGCUAAAGUGUUGCUGUAUGGACUAGGGAAAAUUUUCCCUAUUGAAAACAUUUACAGUGCCACAAAAAUAGGCAAAGAAAGUUGUUUUGAACGGAUUGUGUCCAGAUUUGGGAAGAAAGUUACAUACGUAGUCAUUGGGGAUGGUCGAGAUGAGGAAUAUGCAGCUAAACAGGUAAACUUGAUUUUAAAAUGGUUUGCAGUGAAUGUAAAUUAUGACAAAGGUUUGAUACAAAUGCAAUGGCAAUAA